AUGUCCAAUUUCUGCUCAAAUCAUGUGACCGUUCAGGAAUUGCACAAGGCGAAAGAGUUCCGAGUCUACGGCUUCACGGUCAUACCGAUCGUCCUCUCAUUGCUGGCAAUGAUCUUGAAUGUCACUUACCUGAUUAUUCAACUGAAGAUAUACCGAAAAGAGGAGGAAAGUGCUCGUAAGAGGUACCUGUUCCUGAUCAGCCGAUCGCUGAGCACUAUCAUGGCACUUGUGCUCCUCUACGUGGUGAUUAUCUGUUGGAAAUUGGGCGAAUUCGCAUAUCCCAGUGCAAUGAUUUUCUUGCUGCUUGGUGGCCUCAACUUUCUUUCUAUUACGGGGACCUAUAUUGCUCUCACACUUCUGCUCUACACAGCCAUUGUCCAUCCGUUUUUCUAUCAGUCAAGUAUAACAAUGAAACACUGCUACAUAUUUAUUGCUUCAAUAUGGGUAUGCUCGACUUUAGCAUCGCUAUGCGUCGGUCUAUGGGGUGCGACUCUGUUCUAUCCAGAGAGUGCUCCAGUCCAUUGCAGCUAUCGUGGAUGUCAAAAACCGCUUGCAGUCAUAAUAGUGAUCGGUCUAUCGAUUUCAUACGCUACGGUACUUGGACUGUAUGCAAUGCUGCUAUUACGCCUUCAUAUGCGUCUUCGUCGAUCUCGCGUGGUAGCUAUUGGAAGUUUCAAG